AUGGAACUCAAUCUGAACGCGACUCAAACUUCGCCGCGGCGGCGCGCCAAGCGCGGGCUGCUGAACCUCCUCCGGCGCAAAACGCGCGCGGUCACGCUGGGGCCGCGGUUGCUAGGCACACGCGUGAAGCACCUGCUUCGGGACGAGCUCUACAUUGACGUCAGCCUGCAAAGUGCCCCGCUGGUGGUGACGAAUGGGAUUGCCAGCCUCGAGCUCCUCGCGGCGUACCACCGCUGGCUGCGCGGCGUCCAGGCGCUGCUAGCCAUUAUCGUGUUUGUCCUCUCGCUCCUCCCCGCGACUGCGGUGGUGGAAUGGACAAUCCUCGUCGUGUCGGCGGCGGCGGUGCUUAUUAUCUUGCGCGUCUACUCCAUCAAGGCCCAGUACACGGGGCUGACGAAUGUGUUUUACAAGGACCACCGCAACAUAUUUACAUCCCCCUUUUUGCUGCAGAUGCUACUAGAGAUACUGCUCUGGUGUAUUCAAACCCCGCCGUUGAUCUUCUUCUGGCGACCCUUCUUUGAGCUCCUAAACUACUUCAUCUUCGUCCGGCUGUACGCCGUUGUGGUGUACAUUCACAACGCCGCGUACGUCUACCGGUUUUUCUGCAGAGCCAUGACCGCCGUGACGGCGUUUCCCCUCACCCCCGCCUUCACGGUGCGCACGGCGCUUGUGUACCGCAAGGCGAAGGUUGCCUCGCUCGCGACGGUGGUGUCGUGGGCCGCCCUGUCCUGCAUGUUCGCCAGGGCGGAGCAGGUCUCCCUGCAGGACGGCUGCUGGUACGCCUUUCAGGCCCUCAGCACGGUCGGCUACGGAGACGUCACCCCGGCAACCACGGCCGGGAGGCUCGUGGGGGCUCUGGCGUGGGUGGUCAGUUUUCUUCUCAUUGCCUACCUGGUGGUCGUCGUCCACGGCUCCCUGACGGAGGACGCGAACGAGCACAACAUGUACGUCUUGAUGCGGUGUCACAGGCUCUCCCGCGUGGUGCGGGGAGACUCGGCACGCGUCAUUCAAACCGCCUGGCGCUUCCAUCGCCUGCAUAGUGAGGCACGAGCCGGAGUGGGGCGACGCCUCAAGGCGCUCUUUUACGCCUGCGCCCUCGCACGUCACAUUUCGCGGCUGCGUCGUGAGCGGCAGGAUUGGACAGACGCGACGCAGCGUUUUCGCGCGAGCCCCUCGACUGGGGUGCUGGAGCCGUGGCAGGAGGAGCAGCUGCGACAGCUGCUGCGCGUGGUGCAGGAGGCCCAACAGCAGGCGGAUGCGGAGGCGUUUUUUCGCAACUGCGUUGAGGGCCGAGACAGGCUGCCAACGCGUGAGGAGGUGGAGCGGGCCGUCGCGAGCAGCGCGCAGGCGGGGGAGGGUCUCUACUUAAGCUCGACAGAUGUGGCAAGCGCUUCUGGGGCGCCGGAGGCCCACGUAGAUGUGUUGGGUCUCCUGAAGAAGGUAGAGGUGCUAGAGGCCACGUGCAGUCGCCUCGCGGCGUCGAUGGAGGCCCUCACCGUGACGGCCCCAACCAACCCCCCUAGCCUCGCUCACUCACGUCAUUGA